AUGGACCAAGUCAAGUGGAGCUCAUAUCCUGUUGAUGCCAAAAAACCAUCUGAAGAGCAUCCAGCAAACAAUCUGAGCUUAAGAGCCUUAAAAGUGAUCGAUGAUACCAAGACUAAGAUUGAGGCUAAAUGCCCUAAAAUUGUGUCAUGUGCUGACAUCCUCGCAUUUACAGCUUGUGAUAGUGCACUCAAAGUUGUUCGGCAAGACAGAAGAGCUUCACUCCAAGAUCACCUCCCCCCACCUUCCUUCAACGCCAAGGAACUUGAGGACAGUUUCGCCCGAAACAGCCUUAGCUUGGUUGAAAUGGUCACAUUGUCCAGUCACAUUCUAUUGAUGGGUGAGCGAAGAGAAGCUUUGAAAGAGCUCAGAGAUCAGUUACAGCGGAGUGGCAGUGGAGCUUCAGCUGCUGAACGCCAAAUUUUUGGGAAAGCUCUGGUUUCAAAUCGUGGUGUCCAUGUCCAUGUUGAUCUUGGUGGUGUUCUCAAAGCGAAGAAAUAG